CACGCAUUGAUCUGCAUCGCGAUAUUGGAACUGCAGUGCCACAGUGAGGGAGUGGGGGUAUGAUCGCGCUUUUCGAUCAUCAUGAUCGUUGGAUCUCCAGCAGACGCUUCCUGCAUUCGUGGCCUUGUCUCCACUCUGGCAAUGAUGAAGUGCAUCCACAAGUGGUCCGCGAAAAUUUCCGCCUUCAUCUCUCUGGCUCUCCGAAGUGUCGUACGGUCCUGCGGGUUCUUGGCCACAACGCGGUCUCUUCCACAAUCACCUGCUCCACAUACAUUGCGCUCUACAACACAUCUCUGCAAAUUCUUUCAUCCGGCUCGCCACAUACCGCCAUUUCCAUCUAGAUACUCAGACAUCUACCUUCUCCAUCUCGUCUCCGCCCCCCAUGCUCCGCCAGCGAUCGCUCAUACUGCGACCGCUACAUUCCCACUGCUACAUUCUCUUCUGAAGCAUGCGCUAUCUGCUGGAAUCAACCCACAAGGCCUCCAUAGCAGCCAAGCAAUCUUGGUCGGAAUUCUCCAAGCGACGUCUAUCCAGCCGUUUUGUCGUCUUCACGACGAUAUCGGAGACGCUCACUUUACGGGGUCAGUUUGGAGAGUCACAGUGGCCCUUGGCUUGGGCGAGUGAUCCGAGACGGACUCAGCAGACCCAUCGGAUGCGUCUCUGCCGAGAAACUCCUGAAGGCGAAAUGGCCUGAUAUUUUAUC